AUGAAGAAAGCAGCGCAAGAAGAGAAGGAGGGAAGCCAUAAAAUCGGAAAAACUGACGGAAUAACGGUUUCCGGCGAUGGUUCAUGGCGAAAACGCGGAUUUUCAUCGCUUUUUGGAGUCACGUCAUUGAUCGGCUGGUUAUCUGGAAAAAUAAUCGACGUCGAAGUGAAAUCAAAGUAUUGCAAAUCAUGCGAGCACUGGAAGUCCAAAAACGGAACAACGGAAUUCGAGGAAUGGCAAAUAAGUCACGCCGAUGAAUGCCAAGCCAAUCACGAAGGAUCAUCAGGAAAAAUGGAAGUCAAUGCUGUCGUCGAAAUGUUCCAACGCUCAGAAGAUUUAUACGGAGUAAAAUACUCUAAUUACAUCGGAGAUGGCGACUCUAAAACAUUCAAAGGCAUCGUGGAUUCUAAACCUUACGAAAAUUUUGAUGUACACAAAAAAGAGUGCAUUGAUCACGUGCAAAAACGAAUGGGCACUCGAUUGCGAAACUUGAAGAAAGGAACAAAAGGUCUCGGGGGAAGAGGUAAACUAACUGCCAAAUUAAUUGACGAACUAUCCAUUUAUUACGGCUUGGCAAUCCGUCGAAAUCCCGAUUCCAUCGAAAAUAUGAAAAAUGAGAUCUGGGCAACCCUUUUUCACAAAAUGUCAACGGAUGAAAAGCCUCAGCACGAAAAAUGUUCAGAGAAUUGGUGCAGUUGGAAGAAAGCGAAAGCGGAAAAUGCCUUGGAUGCGUAUCAUCACAAUCAGCCAAUGAGUGAGGAGGUUUAUCAAGCCAUUAAACCCAUCUACGUGGAAUUGAGCCGGGACGACUUGCUGGAGCGUUGCUUGGGGGCCUAUACUCAAAACAAUAACGAAACUUCAACGCUACCGUUUGGAGUUUGGCCCCCAAAUCAUCCUCAAGCGGAAAAACUGUACUGGAUAUCGCGACGGAUAUCGCUGUUUGCACAUUCAAUGGCGGCCUUACCAACGUCUUGCAAAUAUUCAAGAUGUUGGAGGUGGAAAUUGGUGCCCAAUUAUAUAAUUUCUGCACCGAAGCCGACGCCAAACGCAUUACGCACGCCGAGGCAUCUCUGA